GCCGCGGAUUGGGACCCUCCCCCCUUCGGAGCUGCUGCCCUCCUCUCGUCAUCAGCCCUGCAGCCCCUAACCAUGUGGCUCUACCUGGCUGCCCUCUUGGGGCUCUACUUCCUUCGCCGAUGGUACCGGGAGAGGCAGAUUGUGGAGAACCUCAGAGAGAAAUAUGUCUUCAUCACCGGCUGUGAUUCUGGCUUUGGGAACCAGCUGGCCAGACAGCUGGAUCUCCAGGGCCUGCAUGUGUUGGCAGCCUGUCUCACUCAGAAGGGGGCAGAGCAGCUGGAGAAGGCCACAUCGGAGCGUCUGAAAACCACCAUUCUAGACGUCACCAGCACAGAGAGUGUUGCAGCAGUGACCGAGUGGACGAAAUCAUGCAUAGGGAACAAAGGGCUCUGGGGCUUGGUAAACAAUGCAGGCAUAAGUGUCCCAGCUGGUCCCAAUGAAUGGAUGACCAAGGAUGACUUUGCAAAGGUGAUCAAUGUCAAUCUACUUGGGCUGAUUGAUGUGACGCUGCACCUCCUGCCCCUGGUGAGAAAAGCCAGAGGGAGGGUGGUCAAUAUGGCCAGUUCGUUGGGAAGACUGCCUUUGUUUGGAGGAGGAUACUCCCCAGCCAAAUAUGGAGUGGAAGCCUUCUCUGACAAUCUGAGGCGUGAGCUCCUCCCUUUCGGAGUCAAACUCAGCAUUGUUGAGCCUGGUGCUUUCUGUACACCCAUUGUGCAAAAUGCAGAAGGGUGUGUCAGCAUUCAGUGGAACUUGGCACGUUCUGAAAUCAGAGAGACCUAUGGGAAACAAUACCUUGAAAAACGUAACAAAAAUCUCCACCUGGUCACUGCCUGCAUGGAACAUGCCCUGCUGUCCCGCUACCCUCGCACUCGCUACUCUCCAGGCUGGGAUGCAAAGCUCCUUGUCAUUCCUUCCUCCUACUUGCCAACCUGUGUGCAAGACUUCUUGUUGAGCUUGGCUUGGCCAAAGCCAGCACAGGCAACGUAGGUUAUU